CCGCUCUCGUGAGAAUACCGACGCGCUCUGCGGCCGGCGAGGGGGGCUGGGUGGGAGCGCGGUUUGACGCCUCACGGAGCCGGCGCACGCCACGCCGCGCCCCGUCUCCCCCCCCCCCCCACCGCACGCAGGCUCCGCGCGGCCUCGCGCAGGCGGCGCGCGCGCGCGCACCCGGCAGCGCCUCAGUCUGGGCAGCGGGGCCGGGUGGCGAGGCCGACCCGCUGUGGAGCUGGCGGGGAGGAGUCGGAGCCGCCGCAGCCGCGGCCGUGGCGGUAGGGGAGCAUGUCCGCAAGUCGAGCCAAGAAAGUGAAGAUGGCCACCAAAUCGUGCCCCGAAUGCGACCAACAGGUUCCUGUUGCAUGUAAAUCAUGUCCCUGUGGUUACAUAUUUAUUAGCAGAAAACUUUUAAAUGCAAAGCACCCAGAGAAAUCACCACCUUCUACAGAAAACAAGCAUGAGGCCAAGAGGAGGCGCACAGAGAGAGUUAGGAGAGAGAAGAUGAAUUCUACAGGAAAUAAGGACUUAGAAAACAGAAAGAGGUCUCGAAGUAACAGCCAUUCAGAUCAUAUCAGACGAGGAAGAGGAAGACCUAAAAGUGCAUCUGCCAAAAAACAUGAGGAAGAAAGAGAAAAACAGGAAAAGGAAAUUGACAUCUAUGCUAACCUCUCUGAUGAAAAGGCUUUCGUGUUUUCAGUCGCCUUGGCAGAAAUAAAUAGAAAAAUUAUCAAUCAAAGACUUAUUCUCUAAUAUUUGUCUGCAGAAUGUGUUGGGACUUUCUUCAGGAUUGCAUCAGCAGUCAGACAGCUGUGGACUCUCGGGAGCCUCUGCCAGCACCAGUGAGGGCCGGUGACGGCCCCGUCACUGAGCCUGGGCCACCCUCUGGGCGCGAAGCUGUAGGCUCGGACUGUCCGGGAGCUCCUUGAGUGCCAAGGAGCCUUGUCAGUGUUUUGUGUUUGGGAUAUAAGUAAGUGUAUUUACCAAAAAGAAAAAAAGCUGGAUGACUGUUAAAGGUUUAAAGGGGUAGGGACGGGAGCAGAAGUAUGAAAACGGGAAAUAAAAUGCUUGGUGAUUUUCAGGUUUGCCACCAGAGAUGCAAUAUUUUAAGUACUUUGAGAAAGAAUGAUUUUUUAAAGUAUAUAUUUCAGAUUUUCAGUACUAAUGGAUUACAUAUGUACAGUUCAGUUACUUUUAACAAAUUGGCACUUGAUAUUUUAUUGAAUGGGGAAUUAAUAUAAAUUGUAAAUUUUGUCUUAAAUUGAUUUUUUCUUGGCCUUUAUUUUUAUGACUUAAGGUAUGACUUAUAUUUUGGGAGAUACUUUCUAGACAGUUUGGAAGUUUGGGUGCUAUAUUAAGAAAAACAUUUAAGGAUAUAUGAUACUUCAGAUAUAAACACCUGUUUUCUUGAAUGUAAUUUAUUUAUUGGUUAUGAAAAAACACUUUUCUGCUCUCAAGACGGUGCCUGUUAACCUAGACAUUAUAUUUAUUACGUGCAGAAUACGUCUCAGCCACUUUUAAGCAGCAGUGUUUUAUCUGAGUGGCUGUUCAUUUAUACAUCCUGAUAUUUAAAUUGUUAACCUCACUCUGGAAGAAAAAAUAAACCUUAAUAUUGAAACUAA